AUGAUCCAGAUUUCAAGUGUAGUGGACCCACCCCUGCCCCGCCACCGCCCAGCUCCCACCCAUUAUCGCCGGCCAGCGCAGUGGGCAACCCCUACCCCGCCACCACCCCACUCCCACCCGUCAUCACCCACCAGUGUGUGUGGUGGAUCCACCCCUGCCCCGCCACCACCCUGCUCCCAGCCGUCAUCACCCACCAGUGUGGUGGACCCACCCCUGCCCUGCCACCACCCUGCUCCCACCCGGCAUCACCCACCAGUGUGGUGGACCCACCCCUGCCCCGCCACCACCCUGCUCCCACCCGUCAUCACCCACCAGUGUGGUGGACCCACCCCUGCCCCGCCACCACCCCACUGCCACCCGGCAUCACCCACCAGUGUGGUGGACCCACCCCUGCCCUGCCACCACCCCACUCCCACCCGUCAUCACCCACCAGUGUGGUGGACCCACCCCUGCCCUGCCACCACCCCACUCCCACCAGUCAUCACCCACCAGUGUGGUGGACCCACCCCUGCCCCGCCACCACACUGCUCCCACCCGUCAUCACCCACCGUCAUCACCCACCAGUGUGGUGGACCCACCCCUGCCCCACCACCACACUUCUCCCACCCGUCAUCACCCACCGGUGUGGUGGACCCACCCCUGCCCCGCCACCACCCCACUCCCACCCGGCAUCACCCACCAGUGUGGUGGACCCACCCCUGCCCCGCCACCACCCAACUCCCACGCGUCAUCACCCACCAGUGUGGUGGACCCACCCCUGCCCUGCCACCACCCCGCUCCCACCAGUCAUCACCCACCCCUGCCCUGCCACCAACCCACUCCCACCAGUCAUCACCCACCCCAGCCCCACCAGACAUCACCCACCCCUGCCCUGCCACCAACCCACUCCCACCAGUCAUCACCCACCCCAGCCCCACCACCAACCACUCCCACCAGCCAUCACCCACCAUCAUCACCCACCAGGGUGGUGGACCCACCCCUGCCCUGCCACCACCUCACUCCCACCAGUCAUCACCCACCAGUGUGGUGGACCCACCCCUGCCCUGCCACCACCCCACUACCACCAGUGUGGUGGACCAACCCCUGCCCUGCCACCACCCCACUCCCACCAGUGUGGUGGACCAACCCCUGCCCUGCCACCACCCCACUCCCACCAGUGUGGUGGACCCCCCCCGGGCCGGCCACCCCCCCACUCCCACCAGUGUGGUGGACCCACCCCCGCCCUGCCACCACCCCACUCCCACCAGUGUGGUGGACCAACCCUGCCUGCCACCACCCCACUCCCACCAGUGUGGUGGACCAACCCCUCCCCUGCCACCACCCCACUCCCACCAGUGUGGUGGACCCACCCCUGCCCUCCCACCAUCCCACUCCCACCAGUCAUCACCCACCAGUGUGGUGGACCCCCCCCAGCCCAGCCCCCACCCCACUCCCACCAGUCAUCACCCACCAUGUGGUGGAACCACCCCUGCCCCGCCACCACCUCACUCCCACCAGUCAUCACCCACCAGUGUGGUGGAGCCACCCCUGCUCUGCCACCACCCCACUCCUACCAGUGUGGUGAAACCACCCCUGCCCCGCCACCACCUCACUCCCACCAGUGUGGUGGAACCACCCCUGCCCCACUACCACCCCACUCCCACCGGUCAUCACCCACCAGUGUGGUGGAACCACCCCUGCCCCGCCAUCACCCCGCUCCCACCAGUCAUCACCCACCAGUGUGGUGGACCCACCCCUGCUCUGCCAUCACCCCGCUCCCACCAGUGUGGUGGACCCACCUGA